CUAUGGAGAUUCCUUUAUACCAUUUGUAUCCACUGGCUUGGGCCAAUUAGUUUUGGGCCCAUAAGAAGGAAAAUUAAAAGCUUUUAGAUCCAAAAUCUUUCCCCGCCAGUGCCAAUCACUGCAAAAUCCCUUUUGCCCCCAAAAAGUUAUCAGAAACUGUGGAAACGGAGAAAUUUCUGAAUCAAUGGCUCAAGCAGCGAGACUAAGCAUGAGAAUGCACAAAGAGCUUAAGCUUCUCCUCUCCGAUCCACCUCACGGCGCUUUGUUUCCUCAUCUCUCUUCCGCCGCCUCUGGCUCCGGCGAUUUCUCCACUUUCUCCACCAUCGAUGCUCAAAUCGAAGGUCCUGAAGAUACUGUAUAUGCUAAUGGAAUCUUCAAUUUGAAGAUUCAAAUCCCUGAGAGAUAUCCAUUUCAGCCUCCAAUUGUGGCGUUUGCUACACCGAUUUAUCACCCAAACAUCGAUAACAGUGGCCGGAUUUGCCUUGACAUUCUUAAUCUCCCUCCCAAGGGUGCUUGGCAACCAUCGUUGAAUAUCUCGACAGUUUUGACGAGUAUCGGAUUGUUGCUUAGUGAACCGAAUUCGGAUGAUGGAUUGAUGUGUGAAGUAAGCAGGGAGUAUAAAUACAAUAGACAAACUUUCGAUUAUAAGGCACGAGAGAUGACUGAGAAGUAUGCUAAAGUUAAGCCUGAUGGAAGCAGCACCAGCUUCCAAAUUAAGAUUCAUGGAAAUGAGAAGGCUUGUGGAAGUGGAAAUAGUGUUUUAUCUGGUAAUGAUGAUGGGAUUAAGCUGAAGUUGACAGUUGAAUCUUCCUUAAGCAUAGAACAUAAAGAGAACCGUGACACUUCAGCGAAAGAUCAACAAGAGGAUGGAAAGGGGAAAAGAAAAUCAGUGAUUGGUUUUUGCGAGGCGAAUUCAUUUGGUAACGAUGGGAUAAAAACGAGCAGGAAGAAGUUAUCUCUUGCCUUGCCUCCUCAAUCUCAAAAGAAAGAUUUGUGUGGUGAAGAAGAGCUCACACAUGGUGUUUCAGCUGCUUGCAAAGAAAACAAGAAACCAAAUUCAAAUGGAAAGAAGCUUUCUCUGGGGCUGAAGCAGCCAUGUAACCAUACCUUGGCGAGUUUUCCAACUUCUGCUGCAAAGAGUGACAACAAUAGACUAACCCGAAAACUGUCCUUGAGACAACCACUUGAAGAGUUGAAUGAAGUUAGCAAAACCGAGGUACUUGCGCAAACUGAUAUGAGACUGGAAAUGAAUCAAAAUGAAGAUGACAGAAGUUGGCGCGGUGAGUUUGAGAACUCGGACUUGGAAGAAGCAUCAAUACCUGAAUCCAUUGUUGUUCUAGACAGUGAUGAUAGUGGACAAGAAGAAGAAGAAACAGUCUCUUUGAGGUCAAGAUUAUCACUAACAAAGAGAAGAGUCCUCAAGUGUAGACCUUGAAAAGUGAUGAAAACUGUUUUGUUGUUUUUUUUUUCUUUUUAUAUCAAUGUGGAUCAGGUUGCUAUUUAUAAUUAGAACUUAUGAUUAUUAACCUUGAAAUGCAAAUGAAAUUAUAAAAUCUGA